UUUAAGGAGAUCAUAGUUUCGCGUCAAGGAGAGAGUGGCAGCGACGCGCGGAAGCUAAUCAUGGCGGCUGUCGACAUAAGAGAUAAUCUGCUGGGAAUUUCCUGGGUUGAUAGUUCAUGGAUUCCAAUAUUAAACAGUGGGAGUGUAUUGGACUAUUUCUCAGAGCGCAGUAAUCCAUUCUAUGAUCGAACAUGCAACAAUGAAAUGGUCAAAAUGCAAAGGCUAACCUUGGACCACUUGAAUCAAAUGGUUGGAGUAGAAUAUAUUCUUCUUCAUGCACAGGAGCCAAUCCUCUUCAUUAUCCGUAAGCAGCAAAGACAGAACCCAACACAAGUUGUACCAUUGGCUGAUUAUUACAUUAUUGCUGGAGUAAUUUAUCAGGCACCUGACUUGGGGUCAGUUGUAAACUCAAGAGUGCUCACUGCAGUACAUGGAAUCCAGUCAGCUUUUGAGGAAGCUAUGUCUUAUUGUCGCUAUCACCCUUCCAAAGGUUAUUGGUGGCAUUUCAAAGAUCAAGAGGAACGAGAUAAAGCCAAACCAAAAACAAAGAAGAAGGAGGAGCCAAGCUCUAUUUUCCAGAGGCAACGUGUAGAUGCAUUACUUCUAGAUCUGAGAAAAAAAUUUCCCCCCAAGUUUGUGCAGCAAAAAUCUGGAGAAAAACCAGUCCCAGUGGAUCAGAUUAAGAAAGAAUCAGAGCCAGCACCUGAAGCUAUAAAACAAGAGGAGAAGGAAGCUGCAAAGACCACACAACAGAGUACAACUACUAAAGGGCCACCAGAGAAACGAAUGAGAUUACAAUGACAGAAGGGAACAUGGCAUUCAUAACUAGUGAGGACUUGGUGAAGAAACAGAGGUAAAUAAGUUAGCUAUUUAAAAAUGGGACAGUAAACUGUGAUAUUUCCAAAAUUCCAAAAUUUGAUUCUUCCUCCCAUGUUAGAAACUUACAGCAACUUUCAGGAUGGAAUGACCUAUUUCAGUUUUUGAGACUGAAUUGUUCUUUGUGAAUCUUUUGAACAUUUUUUAGCCUUUAUUUUCAAUUGUAAUCUCAUACUUUUUAUUAAUGUCUUGCUGGAGUCUGAAACAUCUUAAUUUUUUCAUAAAUAGAGUGUGUUGUUCUGUCAGGUGUUUUCCAAAUAAAUUGAUUACAGCAGUUCAGAGAGAGUUCUUUUUCUGAAUUUUCACUUUCUCGCCAAGGUUAAAUUCAAAUUGAGAUAGAAGAUUAUUUUUUAAAAAAUCUUCUUUCCCACUACUUGGGUUAUCGUAUUGAUCAUUGGUGAUUUUUCCCUUUUCAGGGGAAAUUAUUCUUUGAACAGCUUAUGCAUGGGAAAAAAUGCCCAUGAUUUUGAUACUUGCCUAAAUAUUGAAGUACAAUAGCCAGUAAAUAAGAGCAUUGUAAUAUUUCAUAGGCUUAGCUUCUCUCAAUUACUGUAAAUUUUUUUUAAAAUGCAGGAUGAGGUUUUAUAUGUACAGAAUAUUAUGUGGUAGCUAUUUUCUGGUAGUUUCAAUACACUAGCUAGAAACAUCUUACUCAACUCCCUGCAGAGAAAAAUCCUGUAAGGUAAUUGUCAAUAAAAUAAUUUUGUAAUCUUUGGUUUUUGUAAAUAUUUAUUUGUUUUAAAGAAAGACUGGAGACAGAAUAUUUUUAAAGGAUUUUUAGUCUUUCUCCUUGGCUUUCUACAGUACAUGGUUUGUUUUUCCUUUUUUUUAAAUUCUAAAAAUGUUUUGUCCAUUUGUACUUCUUUCCAGUCUACUUUUAUAUUAUUCCAGUGAAAAAUAAAACAUUUUAAAUGCCA